CUUGUAAGAAAUCUCCCCUUUGGAGAUCUGCUCUCUUCCAGCAUGCUGAGUCUCAUUGAACUCACUGGGGAUGUUUUUUGUGUGACUGAUCUAACUGAUCAACUGUGGUCAAGUGUUGUGUUGGGUGACUUGUAAAGGUACUGAGGACACAGUCAAGUGAGCACCCCUAAUUUCUCUGAUUUACUGCUGACAAUCGCUCACAAUGGAAUCUAAUCAAAAAUCUGGGGAUGGACUGACGGGCAUGCAGAAAGAGGCCGCGCUGCGUGCGCUCAUUCAGCGUACAGGAUACCAAUUACUGCAGGAGAAUGGUCAGAGGAGGUACGGCGGGCCCCCUCCAGGCUGGAAAGGCCCUCCCCCAGAGAGGGGCAGUGAGAUCUUUGUGGGGAAGCUGCCAAGAGACCUCUUUGAGGAUGAGCUGGUCCCCCACUGUGAGAAAUUUGGGAAAAUCUUUGAGGUUCGGAUGAUGAUGGACUUCAACGGCAAUAAUAGAGGAUAUGCCUUCGUUACCUUUUACAACAAAAAUGAAGCCAAGACCGCCAUGAAACAGCUCAAUAACUAUGAAAUCAGGAACGGAAGGCUCCUGGGAGUGUGUGCCAGUGUGGACAACUGUCGUCUGUUUGUGGGGGGCAUCCCCAAAUCCAAGAAGAGAGAGGAGAUCCUGAUGGAGAUGAAGAAAGUAACAGAUGGGGUGUUGGAGGUGAUUGUUUACCCCAGUGCUGCGGACAAGACCAAGAACAGGGGCUUCGCCUUUGUGGAGUAUGACAGUCACCGCGCUGCAGCCAUGGCCAGGAGGAAACUACUGCCAGGGAGGAUCCUGCUGUGGGGGCACGCCAUCGCCGUGGACUGGGCGGAGCCUGAAGUGGAAGUGGACGAGGACACCAUGGCAACGGUGAAGAUUCUCUACGUGAGGAACUUAAUGCUGGCCACUACAGAAGAGACCAUCGAGAAGGAGUUCAACAGUAUCAAACCAGGUGCUGUAGAGAGAGUGAAGAAGAUCAGAGACUAUGCCUUUGUCCAUUUCACCCAGAGAGAAGACGCGAUAAGCGCCAUGGACGGACUGAAUGGAAAGCUGGUGGAUGGCUCUCCCGUGGAGGUGACCCUGGCUAAGCCGGUGGAUAAGGACAACUACGUGCGCUACACCCGGGGUACAGGUGGCCGCGGUGGGGCCGUGCUCCAGGGGGAGUACACCUACACACUGGGCCAGGUGUAUGACCCCUCAGCAGCCUACCUGGGUCCCCCCGUGUUCUACGCCCCCCAGAUAUAUGCUGCUAUUCCUGAUCAGUUCCGCUUCCCCAUUGCCAAGGGGCUUGUGGGGGGCCGUGGCCUGGUGCGCACGCCCUCAGUCAGAGAAAUUUACAUGAAUGUACCUGUAGGGGCAGCGGGCAUACGCGGGAUGGGUGGUCGCGGAUACCUCGCCUACGCAGGUUUAGGCCGAGGCUGUGCCACCUACCAGCUAAAGACAGACAAGCACCCCGAGGACAAGCUCUUUGACCUGCUGCCAGGCAUGGAACUCACGCCCAUGAACCCUGUGAAGCCUCCCGGUAUCAAACACACACCACAGAUCUUGGAGGAAGUGUGUCAGAAGAACAACUGGGGGCAGCCAGUUUAUCAGCUUCACUCUGCCAUCGGACCUGAUCAAAGCCAACUGUUCCUCUACAAAGUCACCAUUCCGGCUCUGUCCACCCAAUACCCUAAUGUGCAUCCGUUCACCCCAGCCAAGCUGUGUACAUCUGUGGAUGAGGCCAAGGUUCAUGCUGCGGAGCACGCCCUGCAUACCCUGGGUCUGCAGACAGAAGGAGCUGAGGCCUCCGCUGCAGCCGUUGCUGCAUUCCCAGGUUACACAAUAGCGAACACCUCAGCCUCAGUAGCUGCCUCCCAGCUCAAACAGGCCGUCUCCCUGCACCAGGACAUGGCAGCAUACACUACCUACGAAGGCUAUCCCGCCUUCACCGUGGCAACCCGUGGAGACGGUUAUGGAGUGUUCUAGGGCCAUCCUGGAACGUCAUCCCAUUUACCAGCAUUCAUUCGUAGUUCAGACUAUAUAAAGCUACACUGAACAAAAAAUAUAAAUUCAACAUGUAAAAGAUCCCAGAAAUGUUUCAUACGCACAACAUGUGUUCACAUCCCUGUUAGUUUAGCAUUUCUCCUUUGCCAAAAUAAUCCAUCCACCU